UUCACAACAAGUUAAUUACUCAAUCUCAAAAAACACCAAAGUUAAUCUUGUUCCAAUAUCAAAAACAUGGCUAUUCGUUUGCUAUCUAUAAUUUCUGGUGUGAAGCAAUUCCACAAAUUGCAAUCUGUUGUUACUCGAAAUCAAAUAUCAGAUGUACCAAAAGGACAUUUUGCAGUUUACGUUGGAGAGACAGAGAAGAAAAGAUACGUAGUUCCAAUUGAAUACUUAAAUCACAUUUCGUUCCAAGAAUUGCUUCAGAAAGCAGAGGAAGAAUUCGGGUUUCAACAUCCAAUGGGCGGUCUCACAAUACCUUGCAAUGAAGAUGCAUUUUUUCAUGUCACUUCUCGACUGGAGACUUGUUUAUGAUCUAUACACUAGAUUAGUUAGAGCUUAUAAGAUUUUGAAUUUUGUUGAUCCUCUUGCCACACAAGAGAUGUAAAUUUAAUCAUAUAUUAUUAUAAGUGGGAAGCUCUAAAGUGAAAAAGUUGAAUUA